CUCGAGCCGAUUCCGUGAUCUGUAGCCUCCAAAAUCGAAAGAAAAUGGCGGAAAAAUCGCCCGAAAUCUGUGAUGGUACCCCUUUGGAGUCUGCCAAAAAUGGACCCGGGAGAAAUCCGACCAAAUUGGCCAUGGAUGGACUUAAUCUUCGUUGAAGAAUAGCCUCAGGACGAAUCCACCAUCUUUAUCCUUCAAAAUCAAAGGAAAAUGGACUUUCGAAAAAAAUUGCUCAAAUAAUUACGAAAAUGCCAUCCCAAAAUAUAUUGGCCCAAUUCGGUGCUUAAUUGAAUUAAUAAUCAGCGCAGAAUAGGAUCAAUAGACUUUCUUAUCGGUGGAGAAUAGCCUCGAGCCAAAUCCGUGAUCUGCAGCCUCCAAAAUCGAAGGAAAAUGGCAUUUCGGAAAAAUUGCCCUAAAUCUGUGAUGGUACCCCUUUGGAGUCUGCCAAAAAUGGUCCCGGAAGAAAUCCCCCCAAAUUGGCCCUGGAUGGACUUAAUCGUCGUUGAAGAAUAGCCUCAGGAUGAAUCCACCAUCUUUAUCCUUCAAAAUCCAAGGAAAAUGGACUUUCGAAAAAAAUUGCUUAAAAAAUUACGAAAAUGUCAUCCCAAAAUAUAUUGGCCCAAUUCGGUGCUUAAUUGACUUAAUAAUCAGUGCAGAAUCGGAUCAAUAGACUUUAUUAUCGGUGGAGAAUAGCCUCGAGCCUAAUCUGUGAUCUGUAGCCUCUAAAAUCGAAAGAAAAUGGCAUUUCGGAAAAAUCGCCCGAAAACUGUGAUGGUACCCCUUUGGAGUCUGCCAAAAAUGGAGCCGGAAGAAAUCCGCCCAAAUUGGCCCUGGAUGGACUUAAUCGUCGUUGAAGAAUAGCGUUAGGCCGAAUCUACCAUCUUUAUCCUACAAAAUCCAAGGAAAAUGGCCUUUCUAAAAAAAUUGCUCAAAUAAUUACGAAAAUGUCAUUCCAAAAUUUAUUGGCCCAAUUCGGUGCUUAAUUGACUUAAUAAUCAGCGCAGAAUCGGAUCAAUAGAAUUUAUUAUCGGUGGAGAAUAGCCUCGAGUCGAAUCCGUGAUCUGUAGCCUCCAAAAUCGAAAGAAAAUGGCAUUUCGGAAAAAUCGCCCGAAAUCUGUGAUGGUACACCUUUGGAGUCUGCAAAAAAUGGACGACGAAGAAAUCCGCCCAAAUUGGCCCUGGAUGGACUUAAUCGUGUUUGAAAAAUAGCCUCAGGCCAAAUCCACCAUCUUUAUCCUUCAAAAUCCAAGGAAAAUGGUCUUUCAAAAAAAAUAGCUCAAAUAAUUACGAAAAUGCCAUCUUAAAAUAUAUUGGACAGAUUCGGUGCUUAAUUGACUUAAUCAUCGGCGCAGAAUAGGAUCAAUAGACUUUAUUAUCAGUGGAGAAUAGCCUCGAGCCGAAUCCGUGAUCUGUAGCCUCAAAUAUCGGAAGAAAAAGGCAUUUCGGAAAAAUCGCCCGAAAUCUGUGAUGGUACCCCUUUGGAGUCUGCCAAAAAUGGACCCGGAAGAAAUCCGCCCAAAUUGGCCCUGGAUGGACUUAAUCGUCUUUGAGAAUAGCCUCAGGCCGAAUCCACCAUCUUUAUACUACAAAAUCCAAGGAAAAUGGCCUUUCGAAAAAAAUUGCUCAAAUAAUUACGAAAAUGCCAUCCCAAAAUAUAUUGGCCAGAUUCGGUGCUUAAUUGACUUAAUCAUGAGCGCAGAAUAGGAUCAAUAGACUUUAUUAUAAGUGGAGAAUAGCCUCGAGCCAAAUCCGUGAUCUGUAGCCUCCAAAAUCGGAAGAAAAAGGGAUUUCGGAAAAAUCGCCUGAAAUCUGUGAUGGUACCACUUUAGAGUCUGCCAAAAAUUGACCUGGAAGAAAUCCGCCCAAAUUGGCCCUGGAUGGACUUAAUCAUCGUUGAAAAAUAGCCUCAUGCCGAAUCCACCAUCUUUAUCCUUCAAAAUCCAAGGAAAAUGGACUUUCGAAAAAAAUUGCUCAAAUAAUUACGAAAAUGCCAUUCCAAAAUAUAUUGGACAGAUUCGGUGCUUAAUUGAAUUAAUCAUCGGGGCAGAAUAGGAUCAAUAGACUUUAUUAUCGAUGGAGAAUAGCCUCGAGCCUAAUCCGUGAUCUGUAGCCUCCAAAAUCGGAAGGAAAAGGCAUUUCGGAAAAAUCGCUCGAAAUCUGUGAUGGUACCCCUUUGGAGUCUGCCAAAAAUGGACUCGGAAGAAAUCCGCCCAAAUUGGCCCUGGAUGGACUUAAUCGUCUUUGAAGAAUAGACUCAGGCCGAAUCCAUCAUCUUUAUCCUUCAAAAUCUAAGUAAAAUGGGCUUUCGAAAAAAAUUGCUCAAAUAAUUACGAAAAUGCCAUCCCAAAAUAUAUUGGCACAAUUCGGUGCUUAAUUGACUUAAUCAUCGGCGCAUAAUAGGAUCAAUAGACUUUAUUAUCGGUGGAGAAUAGCCUCGAGCCGAAUCCAUGAUCUUUAGCCUCCAAAAUCGAAAGAAAAUGUCAUUUCAGAAAAAUCGCCCGAAAUCUGUGAUGGUACCCCUUUGAGUCUGCCAAAAAUGGACCCGGAAGAAAUCCGCCCAAAUUGGCCCUGGAUGGACUUAAUCAUCGUUGAAAAAUAGCCUCAGGUCGAAUCCACCAUCUUUAUCCUUCAAAAUCCAAGGAAAAUGGCCUUUAGAAAAAAAUUGUUCAAAUAAUUACGAAAAUGCCAUCGCAAAAUAUAUUGGCCCAUUUCGGUGCUUAAUUGAAUUAAUCAUCGGCGCAGAACAGGAUCAAUAGACUUUAUCAUCGGUGGAGAAUAUCCUCGAGCCGAAUCCGCGAUCUGUAGCCUCCAAAAUCGAAAGAAACUGACAUUUCGGAAAAAUCGCCCAAAAUCUGUGAUGGUACCCCUUUGGAGUCUGCCAAAAAUAGACCCGGAAGAAAUCCGCCCAAAUUGGCCCUGGAUGGACUUAAUCACCGUUGAAGAAUAGCCUCAGGCCGAAUCCACCAUCUUUAUCCUUCAAAAUCCAAGGAAAAUGGCCUUUCAAAAAAAAUUGCUCAAAUAAUUACGAAAAUGCCAUCUUAAAAUAUAUUUGCCAGAUUCGGUGCUUAAUUGACUAAAUAAUCGGCGCAUAAUAAGAUCAAUAGACUUUAUUAUCGAUGGAAAAUAGCCUCGAGCCGAAUUCGUGAUCUGUAGCCUCCAAAAUAGAAAGAAAAUGGCAUUUCGGAUAAAUCUACCGAAAUCUGUGAUGGUACCCCUUUGGAGUCUGCCAAAAAUGGACCCGGAAGAAAUCCGCCCAAAUUGACCCUGGAUGGACUUAAUCGUCGUUGAAGAAUAGCCUCAGGACGAAUCCACCAUCUUUAUCUUUCAAAAUCCAAGGAAAAUGGACUUUCCAAAAAAAAUUGCUCAAAUAAUUACGAAAAUGCCAUCUUAAAAUAUAUUGGCCAGAUUCGGUGCUUAAUUGACUAAAUAAUCGGCGCAGAAUAAGAUCAAUAGACUUUAUUAUCGAUGGAAAAUAGCCUCGAGGCGAAUUCGUGAUCUGUAGCCUCCAAAAUAGAAAGAAAAUGGCAUUUCGGAAAAAUCUCCCGAAAUCUGUGAUGGUACCCCCUUUGGAGUCUGCCAAAAAUGGACCCGGAAGAAAUCCGCCCAAAUUGA